AUGAGCACAAUCAAGACGCCGACAUCGCCUCUUCCGAAGCUACCCGAUCAAACUGCUGUAAGUGAAUCUUCUACACCGGUGAAGGUAGCGAACAAAACUCCUGCUGAUUCACCUAGUAGAGCUUCUAUCAACACUACUACCUCUAAGAAUGAAGUUUCAUCGGAUUCAGAAAUCUUCACUUCGGAGAUUAAUGCAUGCUGCUUGCACUACCUUGUGAACGAAUGCGUUCCACUUUCAAUGAGAGUGCAGGAGAAGUUAAUGAAGAACGAAACUGAUCUUGGAGCUCUGAUGAAGAACUUGAAGUUAAAGGACCAGAACAUUAGAGGAUCCGAGGAGAUCAAAGAGGAUACAAAGUCGUCCAAGGGCCCUUCAGACUCUCAUACAAGGGAAUUUUUGGCUGGAAGAGUGGAUUACAUGAAUGACGAGAAGUACCUUGACGUCAAUAGUCUCUAUAGAAUAGAGGGCUACGGAUUUGAGAUUGGCUUCAAAAUCACCGAUUGCUUGAUAUACGACAAAAGUGUCAAAGAGGGCCUCACUGUGAAGAUGGUGGACUCUUUGGAGAUCCUGAAAUUCAUUUGCAGAGACGUGUGGAAGGUGUUUUAUGGAAAACAGAUGGAUAACCUUCGAACUAAUCACUUGGGAACCUUUGUGCUUAUCGACAAUGCCUUCAAACCUCUUACACAUUUCUACAGUGGUAAAGGCGAAGAGGAUACACUAAAUAAAGUUACGCCAUUCCUUCAAUUUCCUUCCGGUUUGAUAAGGGGAAUACUGUGGAGUCUUAGUGUGGAAUCGGUGGUGAAGGCCGAGGUUAUCAACGGCAAGGUUCCUGGAAUUUCGUUUACUGUUCAGACCAACUUCGAUACAAAGGAGUGA